UCCAUUCAAAUGCCGACCCUACAACGCAACAAGCUCAGCGUCACCUCAUGCUGGGGCCUCGCGUACCACUCUCUUGCAUACGGCAGCCGCUACAGCGUUCAUUUUCACUUUCGCCGAAGCGAUCAAAUUGGAUUCGUAGAGCAUCUACUGGUCCAAAAUUGGCGAACAUGGCGAUACCGACUUACCUGACUGGCGAUAAAGCUGCCAUCGAGUCAUUCAUUGACAAGUUCGAUGUAUGACCACGACCUAGGCCACUGUACAUAUGAUAUACCUGGGCUGAUCACGGAACAGACGUUUCUGUUCGACUGUGAUGGUGUCCUCUGGUCUGGCGAUCACCUCUUCCCCAAGGUUCCAGAGACGAUAUCUCUCCUCCGUAAAAAGGGCAAACAGCUCGUCUUCGUGACAAACAACUCGACCAAAUCCCGCGCAGACUACAAGAAGAAAUUCGAUAAAGUGGGCAUUGAAGCCUAUGAAGAGGAGGUUUUUGGCUCAUCAUACAGUGCAGCAGUCUACAUUGCUCGCAUCAUGAAACUGCAAGCUCCAAAGAACAAAGUCUUCGUCUUGGGCGAAACAGGAAUUGAGCAAGAGUUGCAAAGCGAAGGUGUACCAUACAUCGGCGGCACGGACGAGAGUUUCCGUCGAGAAUGCACCGAUGCCGAUUUCAAGAGCAUUGCAGAUGGGUCGGCCUUGGAUAAGGAUGUCGCUGUUGUGUUGACAGGAUUGGAUUUCCAUCCUUCGUAUCUGAAAUAUUCGCUUGGGCUCGCAUAUAUUCGGCAACAAGGCGCGCACUUUCUUGCGACGAAUAUCGAUUCGACGUUGCCGAAUGCUGGGUCGCUAUUCCCUGGCGCGGGAAGUAGUAGUGCGCCGUUGGUCACUGCCACGGGUCAGACGCCCUUGGCGUUGGGAAAGCCGAGCCAGGCGAUGAUGGAUGCCGUGGAGGGCAAGUUCAAACUCGACAGGAAGAAGACGUGUAUGGUGGGUGAUCGAUUGAACACGGAUAUACAGUUCGGUAUUGAGGGUAGAUUGGGAGGCACACUGGCGGUUCUAACGGGCGUCACUCAGAAGGAGGAGUUUUUGGCUGAAGGCGCGAGUGUCGUGCCGAGUGCUUAUGUGGAUCAGCUGAGUGAUUUGCUCGGGUGAUCUUAUAGGACUGCUGGAUGCGCGCUGCAAGCUGCUACGUAGGAGGGAAUAGAAUCUAUACAGUCUGUGAGUAGAGCUUCGUCUGUGUUCAACGAAUCUCAAACCUGCCUCCAGUUACGAACGCUCACUCGUUUUACCAGUGGCCGUAGCGGUAGCUCAGCGACGAUGGCCUUUUGUAAAUGAUCAACAUACUUGCACGAC